AUGCUGACUCAGAGGUCCAGUCUAUUCCGCGGUCCAGAUCAACUCACAUCAUGCACUGUUACACAAAGGCUUGCAGCAGGCUUAACUCGGCUCUGCUUGGUCAUUGUUGAUUGGUCUUCAAAUUCUUCCAUGCAGAGAUCCGUCGGAUGGUUUCAACGCAGGAAAAGUGAGUUCAUAAUGUCCAAAUUGAAUCUUUUGUACGAUGAGGAUAGUCCACAUGAGGGACCGCCGUCGAAAAGGCAGAAAACUGCUGGAACCAAGAGCGAUAAUUUCGAGAACAAAUUGACAUUACCCAUCGCUCUUGAGCUCGGCGAAGAAUCUAGAGACCUUGAACUCAAACUUCUGACAGAAUGUCUCACCUCGUGCAAAUGCGAUAUUGCACAACCAGCAAAAUGUCAAUGUAGAUGCUGUUUUUAUUCCAAGUACGGACAUGUGGUUUUUGUACCGCACGACAGCCAGCAAGAUGGCGAAGAAGGCCCUGGAGAAAAGUGCGCAGAUUGCGUUAGUGUUGAAAGGACAGUGAGAGGACAGUAUGCAAUCGAGAUCUCAGAUCACUUGCCUCUUUCGCCUGAAGUCCGACACGAUCUUGCUUGCCAUUUCCGGGUAAUUAGAGAAAUUUUAAGCAAAAUGUUUACGACAAAGAUUGCAGAGAUGAGAAAAAAGAUGACUCGGGUAAAGAUCGAAAGUAUGCCUAUCUUAAAGGAAGAAACGUCAAUGCUGCAGAAAGAAAUCAGGGCAAUCAGUGGUCAGAUGGGCGAUCUAGAAAGGGAAAUAGAGAGUACUUUCACUACCGUGAUGAGAACUGGGGAAAAUAUAUCAGGAGCGGUGGAAGGUUCGUCAAUACUGCUGAAAGACAAUAAUCCUACACUUGUGCAUCUGCCAAAGGGAGAUAUUCCUGGGACGGAUUUGUUGGAGGAGGAAAUAAACAGACUGAAGACUGAAAACGAGAGAUUGGAGACAAAGAUACAGCGGUUCGAAGAAGAAAAGGACGUGAGAAUUUUCGGGACCCAAAGUGUUCCCAUAAAAUUCAUCACCUCGAAACGAAAAUCAGAUUCAUAA